AUGCCGCCACUACCAGGAUUCUCCGACAACCCCUUCCAAACCCGAGAUGACUUUAUUGAAGCCAUAAUUGCGUUGAUCGAUCCUCUAAAACAAUAUUUCUCACCUGGGAAAUCUCGCGUUCGUAUUCCAAUUGCGACAGGUGCGCAUUUCGAUGAGUCGGCGGCACAAUUAGAAGGCUUUGCAAGGCCGCUAUGGGCGAUCGCGCCAUUGCUUUUCGGGUAUGACUCUAUCACCAACAAGGACCUAGCAGCUCGGGUAGAUGAACUCGUUCAGCCAUGGGUCGACGGCUUCAUCGCAGGAACCGACCCCCAUCAUCCAGAGUAUUGGGGGGCCAUGAACGAUAUGGACCAAAGAAUGGUGGAGGCAGAGAUGCUAGCGUUUGCUCUCAUAGCAGCACCAAAGCGUUUCUAUGAACCAUUGAACGAAGACCAAAAGAAGAACUUGAAGAACUGGUUGAAAUCAAUUCGCGGCAAGAAAAUGCCCCCGACAAAUUGGCGCUGGUUUCGCGUCUUCUGCAACCUUGCUUUAGUGAAGACUUGCGGCCUCCCUUUCUCGGAAGUCAAGCAAGAGAUGGAUUCAGAUCUUGAGCUAUUGGAUAGCUUCUACAUCGGAGAUGGAUGGUCAGCGGAUGGUCCCUGGCAAACAGUUGAGCAAGCGAGACAGGAACAGGAGCUCGCUGAGAAGACCGGACGUCGAGAUGCCGUGGGAACAGGACGGCAAGCAGACUACUAUUCUGGUAGUUUCGCCAUUCAGUUCUCGCAGGUCCUUUACUCAAAGUUCGCCGCUGAUCUAGAUCAGUCGCGUUGUGAGAUAUAUCAACAACGAGCCAGGGAUUUUGGAACCCAUUUCUGGAGAUACUUCGACUCUCAGGGAUCUUCGAUUCCAUUCGGUAGAUCCCUCACGUACCGGUUUGCCUGCGGAGGCUUCUUCGGCGCGCUGGCGUUUGCCAAGGUGCCUAAUAUGCCUAAACCUCUUGAUUCACCAGCAGCAAUCAAGGGGUUCCUGACCCGACAUCUGAGGUGGUGGGCACAACAUUCCGGGGACAUCUUCUCGGCCGAUGGCACCCUUACGAUUGGAUGGUUGUACCCAAAUAUGUACAUGGCCGAAGACUACAACUCUCCCCAGUCCGUAUACUGGUGCCUCAAAACACUUAUAGCGGUUGGCCUGAGUGCCGACGACGAAUUCUGGAACUCUGAGCCACUUCCGUAUCCGCACUUGGAAGCCCCUACACAAGUCGUCCGCGCUUCUCAGCAAAUACUGUGCAACCAACUGCAAGGCAAUCAUCACUUCAUGCUAACUCCUGGACAAUUCGUUGCCUGGCCGAUGAAAGCCAAUCAAGCCAAGUACUGCAAGUUUGCGUAUUCUUCGGCCUUUGGGUUCUCCGUUCCAACAGGCCCCCUAAUCCAACAAAUUGCACCAGACAACCAACUGGCGCUGAGCCGAGAUGGCGGAGAGACUUGGGCCGUCAAGUGGAAGUGCGAUGAAGUUAAAUUUGGGACUCUGAUGACAAAGACGGAUAACCAGAGUGUGUCGAAUGCUUCCAUUGUGAGCGUAAGAUGGUAUCCUUGGGGCGAUCGAGCCGUGGCUGUCGAUACGAUCUUGAUCCCGCCGACCGAGCAAUGGCCUGAUUGGCAUAUUCGAAUGCACCGCAUACGAUGCCAGAAGCCUAUUGAGUCGCUUCACGUUGUUGAAGGAGGUUUCGCUAUAAAUGGCCGUAAGCAUGCUGAUGGGAUGAACUUGCCAACGCUCCCAGUCCCCGACAGAGUCGUCCCUGGCAGUUUCGAGGGAAACUUCUCUGAUGAGAGAUCUACAAUCAUAUCCUCUGAAGCUGGCUCCAGUGGAAUUCUGACCGAAGCUCUUUUCGACAGAAAAAUAGUUGAUGUGGAGAGCUACGCACUGAAGCCGGACUCCAACACGAACAUCGUGUGCCAGCGAACAUUGAUCCCCGUUUCAUCCGUAGGCAUCACAAGAAGACUAGAGCCUAGUCAGGAACUUUGGUUGAAGACCUCGAUCUUUGCUGUUUCGUCCGAUGUUGGCGAGGGACGACAGGGCGAUGUGGCGAGCCUCAAGGAGAGGUGGUCUCGACCCCCAACGAUCGAGGUAGAGGGCUUUGAACAGAUCUUGCACAAUAUGUAA